AUGUUCAAUUUAUUUUAAGGUUAUAUUAAAAAAUGUUUUUUUUAAUGGAAUUUAAAUUUACUUAUCGAAACGUUAUUACGUACAUGGUUAAAAUGAAGAAUCAAAAAGAAAUCAAGAGAUUUGCUGGCCAUAGUAAAUGGGCUAAUAUCAAAAGAACAAAAAUGCAAACAGAUCUUAAAAAGUCACAACUUAUACAAAUGACGUUAAAAAAAAUUAAAUAUGCCGUAGAUAUAAACAAGAAUACUGAUCCCGAUAAAAAUAUAAUGCUGGCAAGAGCAAUUGCAGAAGCAAAAAGAAAUUCUAUACCUGCAGCAACUAUUACAAAUGCUCUUAAGAACUUGACAAUUUCAUUGAAUCAAAAUUCUGUUACUUAUAUAAGUAGAGGACCACUAAAUAUUUUAAUUAUACUUCAGUUAUUAUCAAACCAAGCAGAAUGCCGAUUAAAAAUUAAUGGUCAACUUAAAAAAUUAGGAUUUUCAUCUUGUGAAAUACCAAAGGCUGGAUUAUUGAAUGAAGAAGGAGUUAUUUUAACAGAACAAUUAUAUAGUUACCAGGAAGAAGAGAAAAUUAUAGAAGAUGCAAUAGAUGUUGGUGCUGCAGAUGCAAAAAUCAUUAAAAAAAACAAUGAAGAAUUUUGUCAGGUUACAUAAAAAAUAUUAUUCAUGCAGCUACUUCGACAUUUUAGAUGUAAUUGCAAUAUGUAUUUUAUUACAGUUUACAUGC